AUGCUAAAAGCAAUCUUCUAUGCCCGCUUUCACCAAGCUCGUGGCGUCUCCGUGGUCCACCAGUAUCCCGUCGGCUCAAUCCUCUCGACGUCGCCUGAAAAGAAGCCAUUGAUCACCUGGAGCGAUAUCUCGUCCUAUAUCAUACCUCCAUACGACCUAUGCAAUGACCCUCUGUCGAUCUGCUCCAAUGGAUACCGCGUCUUGGCAUUUCCCAUUUCGCUCGAAGAUUCGAAGUACGACCGCAAUCGAUUCACGUUCAACAUAUGCUUCGUGCUGGACGAAGAUGAGGAUGCACAGCCGUGGGAUCGGAUUGUGAGGAAGACAGCGAAGCUUUUGACGUCGUUGGAAGAAGAGGAGGGAUUGCUGCAGAAGGAAGAGGAUCUACCUGGUUUGAAGUGGGCUGGUGAAGAGCGGUAUCCUGCGGACGUGGGGAUUGUGUAUACAAUGCUGGAGAACAUAUUCGAGGAUUUGAAUGCGUAUGGGGAGGCUUGUGUCAGGGUCGAUGAUGCCAAUGUGCUGAAUCUUCGACUUGACUAUGAGGAGCCUGCGGCGCCUAAGAUUCAUGCGUGGGAUGUGCCGUUGCUGGUGCGUUCUCUACCUUCGCCGGCGGAUUGGACGUGGGACCUCACUCUUCAGCGUAUAAAUCCGCAUAUUGAUGGCAUCAAACAUGUUCAGAGGAUCGCUGAACUGGCUGACGUGGAGUUGAAACUCGUCAAGCGUGCCGUGAAGGAGCUUGUCUACUAUGGACGUGCCAUGCUGCUCGACAUCUUCCACUUUCAAGCAAUCUACACUUGCAAUGAUGAAGCUGCUUCGUUCGCAAAAGAUGAGGAGCUGCUGGACGAGUGCCGUCACUAUGUCGCCAUUACCCCUGAAAAGAAGGCUACUAACAAGUCGGAUCCCAAAGACCUAGCAUUACCUUCCCGAGAAACCAUCAUCGAGCUCUACGCCCUGCUACAACCUGGUCUCCAACUCUACGAGUACUGCAUUACCCACAAGACUCUCCUCACCAGCAUCGAUGUCCGCCGAUUCAUAACGUUCGGCAUCAUCAAAGGCUUCCUCCGCCGCGUCCACAAAUACGCCCUCGCCAUCGAAUCGCACCCCACCGCUCCACUUGGCUCGACAAAGAAACAUUCCUCAGGCUCGAUAUCCAGACCUCCUCGCUCCAACGAAGAUGCCGUGCGAGAGUUCGAUCGAGCAUGGAAGAAAGCGGCUCUGUCCAGCGGAUGGGCGACGCCGCCAUCAGCACCGGCAAAUGGCAGUCUGAUGGCUAAGAGUUUCAAAAGUGCGGAUCGAUUGAGAAAUGAGGAGGAUGAGCGUUUGAGGUGGUUUCUGGAUGGGACGCACUGCUUUGAUGAGAUUUGCGUUGCGAUGCAUCUGAGCGAGAAGAAGGUGGUGGAGAGGUUGAGGAGUAAGGCUUUUGGGGAGGUGGUGUUGUUUAACAAGUGA